AUGGCAACUGAAACGCCAACGAAGUUCAAGUUAAACACUGGCGCCGAAAUCCCCGCCAUCGGUUUCGGUACCUGGCAAGACGAAGAUGCACAAGAAAAGGCCGUGCUAGAGGCAAUAAAAGCCGGCUAUAAGCACAUUGACACGGCGGCAGUCUACGGCACUGAAAGGGCAGUCGGUCAAGCCAUCAAGAAAUGUGGCGUACCCCGAGAAGAACUCUUCAUCACAACAAAGCUCUGGAAUAACAAGCACCACCCAGAUGAUGUAGAGGAAGCACUUCAACACUCACUCAAUGAACUGGGUCUAGAGGCUAUGGAGAAGCUACUCGAAACCGGCAAAGCCAAAGCAAUAGGCGUUUCGAACUUCUCCAAAGCCGAGUUGCAGAAACUACUUGCGAAAACCUCAGUCGUUCCAGCUGUUCAUCAGAUGGAAUUCCAUCCAUGGUUACAGCAGCAUGAGUUCUCGGAGUGGCAUAACCAAAAGGGUAUUCAUAUUACGCACUACUCACCCUUUGGGAACCAGAAUACCACCUAUGGUUUGAAAGCUGGAUUCGGGAAAUUGAUUGACGAGCCUGUGCUAGCCGAGAUCGGAAAACAGUAUGGAAAGACUGCUGCUCAAGUUGUCCUCGCGUGGGGAGUGUCGCUGGGCCAUUCGGUGCUUCCCAAGUCUAAGACGCCGGAACGGAUCAAGUCAAACCUUGAGGGUGAUUUCAAAUUGAGUCCGCAUGAUAUGGAAAAGAUCUCUAAGCUGAACAGGAAAAUUCGGUUUAAUGAUAGUAGUGGAGAGUUUGGUCGAGACUUUUUUGAGGACUUGGAGGACAAGACGGGGUAG